AUGGCCUCCUCGCGGUUCUCGUUUCUAGCAGCGUCGCUCGCGGUUCUGCUCCUCGCCACAGCCAGCUGCGCAUUCGCGCGAAUCCACAAGGCUGCCCCCGUUGUUAAGCCCCUCGUCUGCAAGGCUUCGAGUCUGAAGUCCUCAGGUUACACCAAGUCCGUCGCGCUCGGCGGCCUGACCUUGCACUGGAGCCUCACCGCGGCGAAGGACGGAAUCAACGCUGCGAUUGUGGCGGGCAAGGGUAGCGGCGCCGAGAAGGGCUGGAUAUCCGUUGGCUGGACGGCCACACGUGGCAAGAUGUGCAACUCCGAAGUGGUGGUGGGGAAUCUCCCCGCGCCGAACACCGUGCAGGCCUACGCGAUGACGAGCAAGGCCUACCCGAGUGCCGGGAUUCAAACAACAAAUAAUGUGGCGCUCUCGGCGACAUCUGUGGUAGCCACUACCCCGGCUGGUGGAAAUAUUGUUAAAUUCACUCGCACAGGCGCCGGCAGUCUGGCUCCGGUUAACUACACGGGCAUCAACAACUUGAUCUGGGCCUACUCCAGCUCCCAAACUUUCGGCUACCACACCAAACGGUAA